GGGAUAUCUUGUUUCGAGAAGAGUUGCUGAGGGACAAAUGGACAUCUCUGCUGGAUCCAUCUCGUAACAAGGCGAUUCAGACACCCUCCAUAGGGCAGUGUGUUCAAGAGGCCAUGAUCAUUGCAAAGUUGGCUUCGGAAUGUAUUUACGAUUACCCGAAAUUCUCAGAGGCUAUCAAGGAAGGUCGUCUUACACCACUGCUGGAAUCACAUUCCUCUCCAUUGGCAGAGAUGAUGCAGGCUCUUAGAUGCGGUGAUGUGGAGCAGGUCAGAGUUGUCCUUAAAAGACCUGGGACUCAAAAAGAGCUGUCCAGAUUGUUGGACCUUGAAAGAGAACAAUUAGCAAGGGAGGAUAACUCUUCAUCCAUGGCUGAAAAACUGGGUACUAGUGAGAUAGAGCAGGAGAAUACGAAGUAUGGAGAUGACAUAAUUAACCCCAAUGAAAUAACACGUCAUGCUGUUGUUACAAUGGAUCCCAAUUCCAGUCAACCACAGGCUGCUGUACUGGAGCUUGCCAAUCAGAAAGUCCCUGGCGCAAAGUCAAGCAGCACAUCUCUACACACGUAUAGCAGUUGUGACAAUAGUGAGCCUGAUGGUCACGCUUUGUCAAGGUCACAGCUCAACAUGCAAAGAGAAUCCUCCAGCACAGAGGUCAUGGCAUUCAAAGGCACCAUCACCACACUUGAAGCUGAAAUACAAAAGCUGCAGACAGAGAAAGCAGAGCUGGACCAACAUUUGCAAGGCAAAAACAGCCUGCUACUCAAGACAACUGCAGAAAGAAGUGAACUGGAGAAAAAACUGUGCGCUACAGAAAGUCAAGUCACAAUUUGUCUGAGAAACUUGAUGCGGUGACGCAAGAAAAGAUGAAGGAAGAAGAAACGAUGAAGAACAACUUGAGAAAGGAGAAUGAAGUGCUGGAGAAGACAAACAAGGAGCUGCUAAAUAGAAUAGCAAAGCUGGAAAAUGAGCGGAGGAAAAUGGAGGUAGAGUUACAGGAAGAGAAUCAGAACGCUUUACAGAACUUUUCGAUGCUGGCAGAGGAGAAGCAGAAACUGGAAGAACAGCUCGCCUCUGUGCAGAGAGCAAAUACGCAGCAGAUAUUGGAAUGUCAUCAGGCUGCUAAAGGAAUGAGUACUCAAAAUGAGAAACUGAAGAAAAGAAUAGCAGAGCUGGAAAGCGAAGAUAAAAUACUUAUUGAUGCAAUGACAGGGCUGAAGGAAGAGAUAGAAAAGGGAAAGCAAGAUAAUCACCUACUGUUCAACAAGAUGAACAGGCUUGAGAAUGAGAAGGCAGAGGUUGGUCAUCGAAAUGUGCAACUGUUGAAAGGAGAGAACGAGGAGCUUUCAGAGAAGGUCAAUAUAUUAGAAAGCAAAGCAGAACAGUAUCUUACUCAAAUCACUGCCCUGCAGCACAAACUGAACCGUUUGGAGCACGUAAACAGCAAAUUGAUGAGAUUGAAUGAAAAUCAAAUUGAAGAAAUGAAUGUGGAAAUAACUGAUGAAAAAGACAAAUUGGUGGAAUCUGCUGAGAUUCUCGAGCAACCAAAUAAGCAAUCACUGCAGGAUACUUCUUUGGUAAAAGAAGAUGGGGAGACAGUAUUCAAAACUGAACAAAUAUUUUCAUUGAGCAAAGGUCUGGCAAGGCAGAAGUAUGGAUUUAAUGAUGGAUUGACAGAGUCACCUAUAGUGAAAGACAUUGGAGGACCUACUGACGAUUCAAAGCUGGGGUCUAAUAAGGGAUCGCAGCAGGAAGAAUGUGUGGCCAAACUAAUCGGAGAGGGGGUGAGACGGUGCUCAGCAGAAGGCUUGGUUGUGAAUGGUGCUGCUCCAGAAGCUCUUUAUCACUGUGACAAAACUGAACAACUGGAAUGUGCUGCUCAGGAAAAAGAUGAGAUAAACAAAGUUCAACAAAGUGGUCUGAUGCAAGCUGAGGCCAUGUUUACAGCUGAAGACGUAUCAUUAAAAACUGUAAAGCAGCCCAGGACUGAGAACGAUACGAUGAACUGCACAAGACAAGAGCUGGCACUUCAGCAGCAGAUACUGGCGUUGAGGUCUUGUCUCAAAGAUCAGACCAUUCUACAGAGGAGACUGCAGCAAUUAGAACAGCAGCUGGGGAUCCUCCAAAACCAAUUUGAUGAGAAGUCUAAGGUUGAAGUAAGUCUAAGAGAAAACAAUUCCCAAUUGAAAGAACAACUUUGUGCCUUGGAAGAAUGGAGCUGUAAAGCACAGGAGCUGAAAGCAAGUUCUGAGCUGAUGAAGAGAGAGUUUGAAAAGAUGGGAAAGAGAAAAACAGAAGCUGAACUGCUUGUAGCUCCAUUAAAGGCCAAAGUGUCCUGCCUUAUUCAGAAAUGCCACGACAGGAACAGCCUGAUCAUAAAGCUGGUGAAGGGGCUCUGUGGAUGUGGCUUUAUCAAUAUGGGCCUGAUGGAAGAGGCUGAGGAUCUGCUGAAUGACACUGCAGUGCUGGAGUACACGAGGACCUUCCUGCCCUCGUACAGCCAACUGGGGAACAUGAAGAUUAGUGGAAUCUCAGCUGCAAAUCCUGACCAAGGUUUGCAUCCUGGUCUUCUGGACUCUCUUUCCAGUCAAAGGGGAAACAUUGUGGAUUCCAGUCCAUCUUUAAUCUACAGGUCAUGUGUAGCCAAUGCUGACUACCACCCUUCUGAGAACAUGCCCCACACAGUCCUGCCUGCUUUGCCUCUCUCUGUUGGAGAUGUGGUCCGAGUCACCGGGUUCCCAGAUAGCCAUGGAUUGUACCACGCUGAAGUGAAUGCGGUAUUGGGGCUGGUUCCAGCCAGCUUUCUGGAUGAGGCAGAUGAUGUCCAUCGUGCACACACACCUCAGAGCAAGUCUACUCUGAAUGCACAGCUGAGUAGCCCAGAAAGGAUCCUAGCGUUCUACCAACAGCUUCAGCAGGGACAUAGCAGUAACUACCAGGUAACCCCUUCUGUGACCACUGGGUCAUUCUCAGCAAUGGAUCCCAGUUCAGUGUCUAUUUCCUCACCAAAUCAAGAACAUGUGCAGCGCCCUUUGGUAUCAAGGCUACACAAUGAACUGGAAUGUUCAAUUAGUGAGACUCGCUGGCAAACUGCAGGAGAGAAGCAGGAGCAACACCACUCACUCCAGUCUGCUGACCCUGCUCAGUGUUGCUCAGGAGACUGUGGUGCGGAUGACCCAAAAAGCACACAGGGAUCCGGGGGAAAUACUAGUGAGACAUGCCAACUAAUAGCAGCAGGAUGCAAUCUAUCAGAUAUGUUGACACUAAAUCUCAGAGAAGACCAUGAACGGUGGACAGCAGCAACUGCUAUGCAGGGAGUAAGAGGACCAACAAUGGCACAAGAGCCCCCUGCACCAGUUGUCUCAGUCCGGAUUAUAAAACCAGUCGGCCAGAGCAACCUGGUGGUUAACUGGGAGAAGCCUGGUACGGAUGAAAAGGGAUCCAGCAAUCAUACGUCUGUCCAAGGCUAUAGGAUAUUCAUUGAUGGCGAAUUUCACAAGUCGGUGAUGGGAUCAGAUUGCACAAAGACUGUGCUGGAAGAUCUUGACCUGACUGUACCAUUUCAAGUCAGUGUUCAGACAGUCGGAACCAAUGGUCUGGUGUCUGGGAAGGUUACUGUCCUCUUUCAGAACUGCCAACCACAAAAGAAGGCUUUGUCUGAACUGUCCUGUCUUUCACCAGCCAGUCACCCCAGUGACUGCUCUGAGAAAUUUCAGGAAAUCAAAUCAUCUCAGGAUUGCUCCUUCUUGUCGACACGUAAUCCUAAAGCAAGAAUGUUCCUUGCAAUUUAUGACUAUCACCCGUUGCAAGACAGUCCCAAUAUCCAUCCUAGUCAGGAACUAGCCUUUAAAGAAGGGGACAUUGUUUGGACAUUUGGAAAGCAAAGGAGAGAUGGUUUCUGUGAGGCCGAGGUCAAUGGGAGGCGAGGUCUUGCACCAGUCAGCUUUCUUGAAGAAGUCAACAUUGGAUUGCCAAAAACAUUAAAGCAAAAAGUGACAAAGUCAGUGGGUUCAUCUCCAGGACAUCAUGGGAUACCCAAUAUUUCCAGCUGCUCUGAACAUCUCCACAAUCAAAAUGUGAAUAGACGCCUGCUGCUGAAACGUGUGUGAAAGAGGUUGAUUGAAAGGGCAAGCUUGCUGUGCAGAAGAUCUAAAUGUACAAUGCUGCUGGUUAAAGCCACAACUCUGCUAGAACAAUAAACGGUCGUGCUCUAUGAAUACAGGUUAAGAAUAUCUGCAAAUGAAGUUUAUCCUCCAAUUCCAUUUGGUGCUAACACCCAGCAAAACCACAGCCUUGAAUUAAUCUUUGCCUUUAAUUUGUUACAAGGUAUAUGUGUUUAAUUCUCAUGUUACCUUCCUCUUGGUUCCUGCUUUGUAUUCCUUGCCAAUAUCCGGGACCUUUCUACUAGGUCUUUGAAGUUUGUAUCCAAUGUUCUUUAUGCGCUCUCUUCCAUGUUUGGUCAGAAAAAAGCUUUAACUCAGCACAAGUAACUAUUAGCAACUAAAAUGAAAACCUAAAAAAUCUGGAUCGCAAUUCUCACCAGAGCUUGUGGCGCUGUACAGCGGUGCCAUUAGUCUGUGUCUUCUCAAGGCAGAUAGAUACAGAACAGCACAACAUUUAUUUCCUCAGAAAUAAUGGAACUCAGCAUUCAGUUCAUCAAUUGUAAAAAAAAAUUGGGAAUUCAAAUAUAGGUUAUAUGUGUGAGAAUAUUGUCUUGGAUGUUGAUUUGUGACUCAGAUAAACAGCAAACAAAGGGACUUUCUCUUGAAUUCAUUCACGAAACACCAUUCAUCAUAGUUGCAUGUGUGCGGAACUUAAUAAGCCAGUACAUGCAGAGGAGACACAGGGCUACUUUACAUCUCUCUAUCCUGAUACUAGUCUUCUGCGUGACUGACGUCAAGGGCCUUUUUUUAAAAUAAAAUAAUAACUUAGCGCAGUUAUCACUAAGCAGAUUUGUUUAACAUUUCACUUCUUUUGAAGUGUAUCUCAGGACUUCAUUCAGGAGGCAAUAGUGCUUAUUUAUUCUUUGUUCUAUAUUUGUAUAUCAUGUGUACAGGAUGAGACUACUUGUUUGCACUUUUCAUUGUCUAUUGCACCUGAAGAAGAAAAAUAAAUACUUUGAAUUUAUUUUUGAAGAAAGAAAGAGACUGCACUGACAACUUUUGAGGUGUCGUGGGAGUGUAAUUCUUCCUAAAUUUGUUCUUGACAGAAAUUUGCUUCCCACAAAACAAUGAGAAUUGGUCACAACGGGGUCAGUCCUUUAGUUGCUACUGCAUUUAUCAAUCCUGUAAAGGUUGGAGGGUAAAGCCUCCAAUACUGGUGGGUCUUACUUGAGUGUGAAAGUCUUACCUAAAAAUAUUAGAACAUUAUUCCUUCCGUCUUCUCCGAGGUACUCGAUACCAAAAUCUGUGAAUUAUUAAACUUGGAAAUAUUUGAUAUCAUCCCAGUCCCUUGAUUCGCUUGGUUCUUGUUGUGGUACUACUAACAUUAGGAGCCUCUAAUGGUUUAGACCAGAUGUUUUCCCUCAAUUGACACAAUUCCCUUUCUGCCGAUACUGUUAAACACUGUUAAUGUUGAUGCAUAUGCGUUAUGCUCUGUACUAUUUAAUCACUAGUAAAGUAGAUGGGGGUGAUUUGAUUUCACAAAUAAAUUUGCCAGUAACUUUGAGCUUUCACUGAACAAUAUUGUGGAUAAUCCAAGAGCAUUCAGUGAUUUUUUUUGUUGCAUGAGACAUAGUAAUUUUGCUCAAAUGAGGAAAUGGAUCCAAUUGAAGAGUCCCUUUGCACUCCCUUUCUUCUGAAACUUUGUAAUGUUUGUUGAUUUAAAAAAAACUGCAGUGCAUGAGUCGUUGAUAUUGUACUGUGGCCUUGUGACAAACAGCAGAUCUAAACUUUAAUCCAUUUACAUAAAUACCAGCCUACAAGAAACAAUACCCACAUCUUUUCUUCAUUUCUUUUCCAAUGGGACAAAAACAGGUAUCCUUACACACACAAUUCAACUAGGUUUUAAAUUUGUUUCUGACACUUUAUAAAUCCUUUAGUGCCUUAUGGGGGCAGAGAGGAAGCAAAUAUACCAAUACUAGUUUCUGCACAAGCCAAAAUGGUUUGGUUUUGUCUCUCCAGAGCAAAAUCUUCUUGAGUUAGAUAUCAUCGAUUGUUAUAGAGUUUCUCUAUAAGGCUCGGUGGUGAACAUUUUUUCUUAGUCUGCAAAUGCCUUGCAAAAAAGGAGGAAACAUAAUGGAGUAGAGUUUAGAUGUGCACUUUAUUAAACAAUAGAAGUGUAAGAGAAGUCUGUCACCAGAUUUCCAAUGUACAGAUUAUUAAAUACACGUAUUGUAGUUACCAAUGUUUACUAAAUGGCUGUACAUCACACAUUUAUAAGAUGUUUAUCAAAUAACGUGGAAAAAGUUACUUAAACUUGUUGAUUUACUUGUUAAUAAAAUUGUAAGGUUAUUUUUAUAUGCUGGUCACAUGUAAAUGAUUUCGAUACAUUUGUAUAUUGUAUAAUGUAUGCAUUUUAUAUUAAAAUG